UCCUUAUUAAAAACCCACUUUCCUCUUCGUAUUUUACCACUUUCUGAUUCUGUCAAUAACACAAGCAUCUGACAGACACAGCAGCCGCCAUGGAUGAUGAUCCGUUCUUGAGCUUGAAGCUCCUGAUGGACCACAAAAGCCGAAUGGUCCUCUUUGCUGAAGCAAGUAAAGAUGUUGUUGAUUUUCUAUUCAGCAUUCUGUCAUUACCUCUCGGUGCUGUGGCAAGCUAUCAAAAUCCGAGACAAAUGGCGUGGAGCAUUGGGAAUCUGUACCGGAGUAUGGAAGAUUUGAGGGAUUUGCAUAUGAUUCCCAACAAAAACAUAGACUUUCUCGUGAACGGAGUAGUAGUCACGUACCCUACUGAUACUACAAGUUCUGAAUCGCCUCCAAUGUUACUGAGUACUGCUGAACAAUCAUCACCAACCAAGAAAUCCUACUAUAAGUGUGCUGCUAACUCCGGUUACAGUAAUUGUCGUUCAUAUGUGACUCUUGACCCCAAAUCCAUUUGUCCGUAUUGCUCCACGACGAUGUCCUCUCCCCUGACCCUUGUUUCUCCGACCAAUGAAGGGUCGUCGUCGUCUUCUUUUGAGGGUGGUUUUGUGAAGGGGGGUGUGAGUUACAUGAUAAUGGAUGAUCUGGUGGUGAAGCCUAUGUCUACUAUUUCUAGCAUUGCUUUGUUCGACAGGUUGAAUCUCAAAGAAGUGGAUGCUCUUGAAGAGAAGACUGUCAAUCUCACCAUUGAUAAGGUUGAGAAGUUGCUGAGGGCCUCGUUGCAGACCAAGAAUGUGCUAAAUUAUGUUUUCUUUAAAGAAAGAUGGUGCGAUCGGCAUCAAUACACUUGAAAUGAGGCUCAGCAUGCGAACGUUCACAUGUGAGAAGCUGCAUGUGUGUGUGUGUGUAUAUAUAUAAUGUUGCUAAUCUUCAUUUUUCUUGGCUGCACUCUGUUUGUGUUUGUUGAAAAAUGUUUUGGAAUAUCUCAGUAAUGUUUAGGUUGUUUUUGGGGUUUGAAUCUAUGCUCACAUGUAUCAUUUUGGGAUGAAUUUGAA